AUGGCGGACAAGCUGGAGACCGUGAGCAAACGCAACUGCGGGACCAAGGUUGUGCACGUGCGCGUGUUCAACCCCAAGGUGCACACAACCCAAAAGAACGCAGACGUCUUCACUUGCGUGCUGGUCAGUGAAUCAGGAUUUUACUACAUCGCCGAGCAGAUGGUCUGGGGCGACACCCCCGCGGCGCGCGCCCGGACAACCAAAGCUCUGACGGAUAAGUGGACCCCCAGGUCGUCGUGGGCUCUAUCCAAGUUGACGAUGGUGCGCAAGAAAGACGCCUUCCACGGCAGUCCGCACCCCUGCGUCUUGCAGCUGACCAACAAAACCAUGGUCGCCAAAGUUUUGCCGCCCCAGCAGGCGAACAAGUUGCCAAACGAAGUGGAGCCCUCCAUGGGCAUUCACGACGUAUUUGAACUGUCCCAGGACCAAGCAGUUGACCUCUACGGCUUCGUUACCGACAUCUCCACCGAAGGCACAUUCAAGGGCAAGAAAUUGGCACAGCAGCUUCACAACAAGGAGCCUGUCUACAUUUUCGGUGCGUACCUUGUGAAGUCCGACAACGGCGGCGCCCACCUCACAGUGCGCAGCUCCACCAUUUUCACCCAGCCCACAGGCUCCUCUCCCAAAGUGGCAGUGAUGCUUGCCGCUGGCGUCCGAGACAUCGCCAAGGACGACCUGACCAGCCUCUCGGCGUGCGACUCCACGAACUACAAAGAUGGGCCCGCCGUGAGUUCCACGUCGGCAAUUCUGGACAUGCUCUUACACAGCAAGGCCGUGGCUCCGGAUAAGCUGUUCGAAAUCCCCGCCGCAUCCUUUUCCCUCAGCGACACGGAGAACUUGCUGACCAAGGCCGGGGACCGCGCGUGGGCGUCCGUGCGCAUGUCCGACUACACCGGCUCGGUCGACGCUAAGAUCACGGAGGCGGCUGCCCUCGCGUUGACGGGGUGCGCUGACAAGGCCGAGUUCCAAGACGAGGUCGCGCAAGGGUCCAUGACGUGGUCUCGGGCACGCGUCCGCGCAACGCUGGCUGCCUCCCCUGGCGCCAAGGGCGACCAGGUUAACGAACCGCGCCUUGCUAUCGUGUGUGCAGAGCCUUGCCUUUUCGACGUCACCGCGCCACUGCUCGCCCCGCAGAACGACAGCUGCCUUGGCCCGACUACAGCCCGCUCCAUUUCGAUGAGUGCCACGGGGAAGCUCUGCGUCACUAUCGGCCCUGCGCGGUUCCUGACCAGCGGGGCCAUCCUACUCGUCGAGGCCGCGAAGGACCCAGAUGCCACCCCGCGCGACGACGGCUUCGCCAUCACCAACUACGUCACAGACGUAGCGGAGACCGACGCCGAGCAGAAGACUGCCUGGACCGGGCGUUUAUGCUUGGUCACUUUCGUCAACGCGACGGACUCCGAGCUCACUGUCGCCGACAUGUGGAAGCUUGCGCCCGGCAUCGACCCCGACGCGUUCACGACAGAAAUUGCCGCGGCGACAGACGUCUUCACCAACCGCCUCACGCGCGCCAAGCGCAAGGCCGACGACGACCUCAGCGACUUCUUCGGGCCCACCGCCAAGCGGAUCCACAAGACGUUCUGUGGCCCCGCGAGCAUCGCAGAGUGA